AUGUUGGACAAGGCAUGGGUUAAUUUAUGCAGAGUCGAUCCUGCUUAUGUGACUGGUGCUCGGGGUUUUGUUAACGCUGUUAGUACCAUAGUAGGUGUAGAUGGGAAGAUAACAUGUCCAUGUGCCAUUUGCCGCAAUUUAGAUCGCCGCACAAGCGAUGAGGUAGUUUCUCAUUUAGUGAUUAAUGGAAUGGACGAGGGUUACAAGUUGGCGUCUGAUUGGUUCUACCAUGGACACGGUAAAUCUGUAGCUGCAGUAGAAGGUGUUGAUAGUGUGAGGAAUACUGAGAUUUUUGGAUUAUACGAAGCAGCUACAUGUUUGGAUGAGGAUUUAGCUAGUAAGGGUUUAGAUUUAGUAGAAGUCGCUGAGGGUGAGGAUAGAAAGGAAGAUGAGUUUUUAGCUAAACUUGCAGAGGCUGAGACGCCGUUGUAUCCAACGUGUGUAAACCACAGCAAGCUGUCUGCUAUAAUGUCUCUCUUCAGAAUAAAGACUCAGAAUGGUUGGUCCGACAAGAGCUUCAACGACUUACUGGAAACAUUUCCUAAGAUGCUACCUAAAGACAAUGUCCUGCACACUUCAACUUACGAUGUCAAGAAGUUCCUCAAAUCUUUUGAUAUGGGAUAUCAAAAGAUUCAUGCAUGCGUGAAUGAUUGCUGCUUGUUCAGAAAGAAGCUUAAGAAAGCCGAGAGUUGUCCUAAGUGA